GCUCUGGGGCACUUCCUGUUGUCACCACACCUCUGGCUUAGCUACUGGAGCUCCUGGGAGGGAGCGCGGGCCCACAGUGGAGACUCUCACGGCUCUUCGGCUCUUGGAGGUGGCACGCUUCCCCCGGCUUCCAUAUGUGGAAGUUCUACUUAACCAUCAGCCUGAUGUGCCUGGUGAGGUCAGAUGCAGAUGAAACAUGUGCCACGUUCACCAGACUGGGCUUCCACAAUGCAUUGAUUGGGACAGAACUGGACGUGAGGCUGUUGCUCUACACAAAGAGAAACUGGACCUGCGCCAAGAUCGUCAACUCCAUGGCUUUGGGGGGCUUAAACAUCACCAAGAAGACCACCUUCCUCAUCCACGGGUUCAGGCCUCUGGGCUCCGCUCCAGUUUGGUUGGGGGACUUAGUGGAGGGUUUGCUGCUUGUGGAAGACAUGAACGUGGUGGUGGUUGAUUGGAACCGAGGAGCUACAACUGUAAUAUACAACCAAGCCUCAAGUAAGACCAGAAGAGUAGCCAUAGUCUUGAAGGAAUUUAUCGAGCAGAUGUUGGCAAAAGGAGCAUCUCUUGGCAACAUUUAUAUGAUUGGAGUGAGCCUAGGAGCCCACAUAGCUGGAUUCGUUGGAAAGAUGUACCCUGGGCAGCUGGGGAGAAUCACAGGUCUUGACCCUGCGGGCCCUUCAUUCAACGGGAGACCUUCGGAGGACAGAUUAGAUCCCAGCGACGCCCUGUUCGUGGACGUCAUCCACUCGGACACGGACGCACUGGGAUAUGAAGGACCACUGGGAAACAUAGAUUUCUACCCAAAUGGAGGAUUAGAUCAACCUGGUUGUCCCAACACAAUAUUUGGAGGACUGCAGAGCUAUUUCAAGUGUGACCACCAGAGGUCUGUGUACCUGUACCUGGCUUCCCUGAGAGAAGACUGUGCUGUCAUCGCGUAUCCCUGCGACUCCUACCGAGAUUACAGGAACGGCAAGUGCCUCAGCUGUGGCACAGCGAGGACGGAGCCCUGUCCCCGUGUGGGUUAUUAUGCUGAUCAGUGGAAAGGCUAUUUAAAGGAGAAGGCUCUUCCAACGACGAAGGCGUUCUUUGACACAGCUGAGCAGAAACCAUUCUGCAUAUAUCACUACUUUGUGGACAUUAUAUCUUGGAACAAGAAUGUAAGAAGAGGGUCCAUCACAAUUAAGUUGAGAGACAAAGAUGGAAACACCACAGAAUCUAAAAUUGAUCAUGAACCGGCCACAUUUCAGAAGUAUCACCAAGUGAGUCUGCUGGCGAGAUUUGAUCAAGAUCUGCGUGAAGUGGCUGAGAUUUCCUUGGUGUUCUCCACCGGAUCUGUGGUCAGCCCCAAGUACAAGCUCAGGGUCAUCCGCAUGAAGCUGAGGUCCCUUGCCCAUCCGGACAGGCCACAACUGUGCCGCUAUGACCUUGUUCUGAUGGAAAAUGUUGAAACUGUCUUCCGGCCUAUUCUCUGCCCUAAGCUGCAGCUCUAACUUCAUGGGGACCGGUGGCAGUGCAGUGUCAAGCAGGCGACAUCUACAGCCUCUGUCAAAGCUUCACCUCACCUUUUCUUCAAGGUUCUGAAAGUACAGAAGAAUGAAGGUUAUUUCCAGCAUCGUCCUACAAAUGUCACAUCGUCAAACAUCAGGUGACCUUGUGGUUAUGCAAGGAUCCAGGAAAGCAGCCCCUAACUAGGGCAAGUCAGAAAUAGCCAGGCUCCUGCCAGCCAGGCCUGCGCUGUCUGCCUGCGUCCUGGGGCCUCCUUUGUUCCGACCUGUCUCUUCUGGUGUGUGUCACCGGUGCCUGCUGCUGUCCCUUGGGGCUGUGGGUCUCACAUCUGAAAAGGAAGAAUGGCUGGACAGCCACCAUGGACUCCCAUGACCUGUGCCAAAUUCCCCUUGGGUCAGGCACACAGUGCAGAGUGGAACUGACCUACCUCGCUGGCCUGCUGUGGGCUUGGGAGCUGAGUCUGUGAAGGGUUCUUUGAAAUCCCAGGGGUGCUGCAUCUGGGAGAGCUGUGAUGAAUGUGAAUUUGCUUUUAUUUAUUUUGAUAUGGCUUAGCUUCCUUGCUUAGACGACUGAGAACACCACAGCCCUGACUUCCCACCUUUGCGGAGGGGAAGGGGUGACAGCCCCGAGGGGAGUAAGUGGGGGACGGAAGGGGGGCGUGGAAGCAGGGCACAGCCUCAUGGUGUGGGCACAGGGCAGAGGAAGAGGCAGGAGAGGAAAGCUAGAAUAUUAUUAUUAUUAUCAAUUUUUUUUUGGUGUGGUGCUGGGAAUGGAACCCAGGGCCUCAUGCACUCUAGGCAACUAACUGCACUACCACUGAGCAACACCCAGCCCGUCGCUUUAAGCAACCCUUAAAUAAUAUUUAUUUUUCCCUACGACCAGUGUAAUCCAUGAUUAUUGAAGGAUUUUUUUUUUUUGGUACCAGGGAUUGAACUUGAGUCCUUGCACUUGCUCAGCAGGCGGUGAAACCACUGAGCUAAAUCCCCGGCCCCUAUUGAAGGACAUUUUAAAAAUGCAAGGUGCGAAAUGAAAAAGAAUGCUGCACAUAAUUCUACCUGUUAGGAGGGGCUGAUGGGAUGGUGCUGUUAACUUGUUUUGCUGAGAAUGGAAUUCACAGCACAGAUGGUUUGGCUUUUGGGGCAUCCAGAGCCUCCAGUUUGAGGAAUUGUUUGGUUUCCCCGGAAGGUGUGAUCAGGGAAUCCGGGGUGACAGCGACAGGUGAGUAAGAGGUCCCUGAGAGCCGAGGCCAAGGAGGCUGGGGCGAAGGGAGGACAAUCCUGGAGCCGGAUGUCCAGGGCCUGGGACUGCAGUGCUGCAGGCCCGGUGCCAUCCGCCACCUGCAAGUGACUUCUAUUGCCUUCUGUGACAACAGCCCUUCUUGUAACGGAACAGAUGACUUCAUAGAUGACAGAAAUCUGUGUGGUGUGUGCUCUCCAGGUUUCCAUAUGUAUCGAAGAAAGUGCUUGCUUUACAGAACGGGGAGCACAGACCUCUGAGUGGAAGAAAGCUCUGGGCCGGGCGCUCUGCCCACCACACUCCGUCACCUCAUUGCCUCCUUCCAUGUUUGCACAGCGAUGAUGGAGAGAGAGGUCAGCAUGCUGAGAGGCCCCAAUGUCUUUUUAUAGUUUUGUCCUUUAUUUUGAUUAGCACAGUCACUUUUUGUCCUCUCCCCCUUAUCCUCAAAUAUGGGGUCAUGACAGCAAGAAAUGCAAUAGAAUUUCUAUGAAUUUCCAAACUCGUUGGGCCACGGGUUCUGGCACCAUGGCUGCCUCACUGUGGGAAAGUGUCAGGGGGUGGGGUGGGUGGAUGAGCAAGUGGAAGAGUGAACGGAGAAAGGGAGAAGGGAGUUUGCUUACUGCAGUGGAGAUGAAUUUCAAGGGGUUUUGGAAAACAGCCACUGGCAGUGAAGGUGGUUCAGAAGCGGCCCCUGCCCUCUGUCUUUCUUCUCUGGCCCCCAGAACCUCUGACUCGGUCCCUUGCUGCUUUGCUCUCCUGCUCUGUGUCAGUGUAUCUGAAUCUCAAAUCCACAUGCUGUGACAUUGCAGCCUGCCCCUUCCCUCCCUCUUCUCUGAUUCUCUCCUGCUUAGCCACCCCUUCUCCAGGGUCUUCUCAGACCUCAUGUCACUUACAGUUUACUAUCCUGCCCCCUCAUGCACUUGUUUUUUGGUUGAGACAAGGUCUCACUAUGUAGUUCAGGCUGGCCUCGAACUCACAGUGAUCCUCCGAUCCUCCUGUCUCAGCCUCCUGAGUGCUUUUGGGCCACCACGCCCACUCCUCUAAUGCACUUUUAAAGUCUCUUUUACAUUUAUUUCUGUGAUUAUUAGAUUAACAUCUGUCUUCUCUACUAGACUCCUCUGUAAGGCAGGGACCCUAUGCCUGCUGGACUCUGUUCAGGAAAUAUGUUAAAUAAACAUCUGCAUUAUCACCCAGGCCCUGUGGAACCAUCCUUGGUAAAGACCUCCUCUGUAACCUUGCCUUCGUGUUCGAUAUUCGAUUCCUUGCCCAGCACAGGCUCAGUAACGAUAGCUCCUCAUUCACUUCCUCUCCUACAUUCUUUUAGCUUCUCUAAGUCAACAUAUACCAAGCCGGGUCUUUGCUAGAACCUGACACACCAAUUCAAUAAAGACGAAUUAAGUCCCAAUUGUAAAGUUGAGCACAGGGUUACAGACUGAUGAGACAUCGCCUCUUAUGGAGCUGUUCACUGUCUCGUGAUGACAUUGCUCAGGGAGCUUGAAGAGGAGGUGACAGUUGUCCUGGGUGUAGCUAAAGGGGGCAUUUUCCAGGCCAGGGAGACUGCCAGAUGGGGGAAGAGUAUUGCCCAGGGCAGGAACUAAGAGUGCUCAGUUGGAUAGAAGGCUGAGACUACUUCCCCUUAUUUUCUUAAAUGGAAAAUUUCUAACCUAGAGAGAAAAUAAUAUAAAAUCCACCUCCACGUGUCCAUUACCCAGCUUCAACAGUAAUCAGCUCCUGGUCAAUCUUUUUUUUUGGUACUAGGGAUCGAACUUGGGACCUUGUGCUUUCGAGGUAGGCGGCAGCACCACUAAGCUAAAUCCCAAGCCCCUGGUCAAUCUUGUUCUAUUUAUUGUCUACCCACCAAAACCCUGUAAUGUUAUUGUGAUGCAAAUCCCAGUCACUGGGAUUCAUUUGUAAAAUACUUCAGUAUCUUGAAAAGAUAAAAUAUAACUUUUUUUUUCUU